AUGGCGUAGUGGUCGUCUGAGGCAAGAUCGUUUAUAUGCUUGUGGACUAUUGGACUCCCAGUGCGUCUUGCCGAAGUGGAGUACGGUAUUACAUACCGAGGGGUGUAUACAUCCACGAUGCGUUUUGCGAGAAAGGGGUAACUGUUCGUUUCUAGGCAGUCGUUCUGGGGGACUUUGGUAUAUUUAACACUAUUUUGGGAGGUGGGAAGAGGAAGAAUGAAAGAGGUCUUCCAACGGAGCGAUCUUAAACAUGAACGGUGCCCUUUACAUUUCGUUUUUCCAAGGUCAGCUGGAGUCCGCGCUGGAGCAGGUAGUGCAGCUCUCCGUUCAGGAAAUCACCAACACUGUUGGGGCCACUUUGAAUUCGAUGCUAUUGGAAACGGCCACCAAAGAGCAAGAAAACCAGCGUUUAAGGGCGACCCUUCAGUCUCGUGGAGGGAACGGGACAAGCAAUGCGUCUAAGGGAAAAACAGACACGAACGAUGAAACAAAGCAACACACCCCCAGUCAAAGUCCUGAAUGUGGCGUUCAAUCUGAAACACUCAGGCGAGAACAGAAAGCGCGAGCAGUUGGUCAGUUAAAAUCUGUUAUGGAGCAUGUGCUGGAAUUCGCCGUUUGUGAGCUGACUAAAAUCGUGGAAGACAGCUUUGACGACCUGCUCUCGGAGUUCACCAAGAAGGAGCGGGAGAACCAGAUCUUAAGAAAGCAGUUACAGGACAAGGACCUAGUGGAGGACAGUGAUGCACUUGCUGUGGAAACAGAGGACCGUGAAAACGACUCUGUCUCUCCGAGCAGUUCCAAAGCAGAAAAGAACGAGACGAAAGGCCUGCAGGACCAAUCACCCAAAAAAGAGUGGGAAAGGGGAAAAACGGAAACCACAAAUGAACCAGACAAGCAGACUGUCAUUGCAGUGUCUCAGAACUGGGUGCCCAUCCUGGACAAAGUCUUCGGGCAGAAGUGGUGCAGUGACCUCUGGCAGAUCAAAGAGGUCACCAGCAGUAAAGAGGAGUGCACUGGGCUGAGCUCGGGCUCGGUGACCGACAUGGACAGCUUAAUUCGGGAGACGCUCAUGCCGUCUUGCCUGGCCACUCAGAGGAAGCUGGAGCUUGAGGUGGGCCAGCAGCCCUGGUUGCCACUUGAUGAUAUGGAGGUUGAUUCUCUAACCUCUGAGACUCAAGGCGUUCCUGUCAUCAGCGCCACAGGUGACGACUCUCAAAUCAGAUCCUCGUCAAUGUUGCAAAGACUCCUGACGCUUCCUUCCCAGAUUCUUGAGGAUGACGAUGAGUCCAUGGAUGCCGUUCCCAGUCUGGAAGGGUCUACAGAUCCGGCCGAGUUGCAACUCUGUAAGGGCUCAAAGAGUGACCAGAUGAAUAAGAAAAAGGAAGAAGAGGAGGAUGACGAGGAGGAUGAUGAAGAUGGCGACGAGACGAGGGACAGGACCGAGUCCUUGAAAUCCAAAGGUAGGAGAAAAUCCCAUGCUUGCAAAGAGUGCGGCAGGAAGUUCAGCCGAGCGCAUCUUCUCCGAGCCCACCGACAAACGCACGAGGAGAUGCCCAACCGAUGCCCACAAUGUGGAAAGAGUUUCUCCCAGUCUUCAAGGCUCCAGUCUCACUUACGGACGCACACGGACAAAACGAUAUGAAAGUGCGAAGAUGAAAGAAAUUUAGGAGAAUAGGAAGGGAGGUUUUCCCAGUGAUUGUUGCUUCUGGAAGUGAGUCAUACUUUAAAAUUAAUUUCAAGUACUGAUAAAGGAAAUGCAAGGAAUGUGUAGCCUUUUUGCUAGUUUGAAGGUACACUGAGGUAAUAAGAUGUCCGACAGAAUUUAAGAUGUUUUUACCUCCAUUUAAUUUCUCUAUCUGUAGGGAUUAUUGGAAGAAGCAAAUACCAGUAAUAAUAACAAGCUGUGUACACAGUGUAAAUAUCAAAGUAGGGCUGCAUAGACCAUCACAAUAAGGAUAGAAGCAUUUCCUUUUUCCAUUGGGUGUUUUUUCAUAAUUCCAGUUUUUAAAGAUUCUAAAACUUUGUAAAUAUUUUAAACCUGUUACAUGAAGAUGUUGUGUAAAAGGAAUUUCGCUAGUUAAUAGGCCCGUGCUUUUUACAACAUUCUGAAUGUGAUCAAACGAACCAGAGAUAGCAUAAAAUGUCUCUUGCGAUCGAAUCAACCAGUUUUUCAUAUGUCCUUAACGACUUAGAACUCAACAUGAAAUACCUCUUAUGUUAAGAUGUCAUACUGGAUUUCUACAUAACUAAAGUCUCGACUUGCAUGUCAGAUUCUAGAUGUUUUUUUCAACCUUUUGCCAUGGAUCGAGCCUAGGAUUGACUUGAACUUGUACAAUUGUCGUCGAUUGCAUGACAUGCACAACCAAGGAUAUCUUCAAGAGGCAAGGAGUCUGAGGACGAGAUGGCAAGAAAAUUGCAUUAAAAUGGUUAUUGGAAAAAAACUUGAAGCUCCUAACUCUUCAUAUUCUCAUUUCAUUGACUUUAAAAGAGGAUCUGAUUUUCCUAGUAUCCUCAAAUAGAGUAGCGUCUUCCUUUUGUGUGAAGUGUUCACAUGGCUCAACAUCUAGAACUUGGAGAAAUGGUGAGUUGCCGGUUUUUGAGAUUUGGUUUCCCCAACAUCGGUGGCAUGUAUCUGAAUAUAUAGGCUUUUUUAUUUUUAGGGAAGCCGUUAUCUACCAUUUCCAGAGAGUCUGACGGAUCCUGCACUUACAAUUUUCGCCCUGUAUCGAAGGGAUAUUGGUCCCACAUGUUACGCACAUUCCCACUCUUGACCCUGAAUUUUUACAAUAUCUCUGUCAGUAAUAACCAUGAUGGGGAAAAAAGUACAAGGUGUUACUGUUACUUCUCGGGUCAAUACCUCAUCAAUGGGACCAUAUCUUUCGGGACAUCUGCAAUAUCAGGAGUUAAGGUCCUACUCAAAAAAAGAAGAAAAAAAAAACGUUUACAAAUGGAACGGGACUGGCCAGUUAGCCAGCUUAUUAUUUGAUUGUGCAUUUAAAAAUGUGGCUUAUUUUAUUUUAUUCUACUAAACAUGUCCCAAGGAAGGAAGGUACCAAGAACUUGCGACCCAAAGAUUACAUUGAAAGGGAAAGUCGCGAUUAGGCAGAAGCUUCGAUUGUUAUGCAUAUCUUUCAGUGAAGCAUGGUUCUGUGAUCAGUAGUAAAUCUCCAUCUGAAGGCCAGAGGGCGAUCUCACACUAGGAAAUCCCUAUAGUGUUUGCUGAUUAAACAGAAAAGAAUUAUCUGCUUUCAUUGAUUCAGUGUGACUAAUAAUCACACAACUUCGACAAUAUAUGGUUUAUCUGAGUUCAUCUUAUAAUCAUUUUUAUUAUAAUAAAGUAUAUAAUAAUGCAAUGCUAAUCGACAUAGCUAUUAUCACUGCUUAGAUUACUAUGAAAUAUGUUGUGUGCCUUAUUCUGUGUAAGAAGGCGCAUUAUCUCACAGAAGGAUUUACUUCAAACACUCGACUGACGUUAUGGAGUGAAUGUGGUAUUUUCAUGUGCUUGCAGAUGGAGCUGCAUUUACUACACCGAGCCGUAAAACAGCUUUCAUAAUCGCAGAAUGAUUUCUUUGAUUUUUAUUAUCACGCGAUUAAUCGUCUGCGAUUAUGAACGCAAUUCUACAUAGCUUGUCUGUGAACUAUGGCUCUGUGUAGUAAAAAAAAAAUUACUUCUAAUCACAGAAAAGGCUUUACUGACAAGAUGUGCAUGAAAUUUGCAUACGAUUAAUUGUGCAGCACUAAUACAUGCUCUUAUAAGAUUGUAUUGUUUUUUUUAACAAUUUGGGCCAUUACAUUUUACAUUAUGAAUCUUAAGCUUCUUUCAGAAGUGUUGAGUAUCGUCACUUCAUUAGUAGACUAUAAUGAAGUACUAUGUUUAGUGCCUAGAUUUAACCAUUCAAUAAGCUGAUCUUAUAGGUGUUGCUGAUGAUUGAGAUCCUAAUUCAUUGUUUAGCACCCGGCCUUUGUUUAAAAAAAAAAAAGACCAGAACUCUUUCUUUCUUGUGCUUGGUGCUUUCACCUGAACGGUCAGCUCUAGAUAUUGUACUAGUUCUCGUUAAUCGUUACUGCUAGUCAGAUCUGACUUCAAUGCUAAUAUAACUUGGUAUGGUGGGAGUGAUAUCCGGAAGAGCUAGUUCACCCCAAAAUGAAAACCCUGAGACAUUUCUCAAAUUAUCUUACAGGUUAAGUUAUACAGGUUUGAGGGUGAGUAAAUAAAGAGAGAGUUUUCAUUCUUGACUGCACAAUCCCUUUUAAGGGAUAGUUCAUCCAAAAAUAAAUUGUUGUCAUAAUUUGCUUUGAUAUUUUGAGAUAUAUUGGUAACCAAACCGUUGAUGCUAGUUAUAGACUGCCAAAGUAUGGAGAGAAUGAAAGAUAUCGGAAGUGAACAUUGUUCAAAAUAUGACCUUUUGUGCUCAACAGAAGAAAGAAAAUCAUACAGUUUGGAACAACAUGAGGGUGAAUCAAUAAUGACAGAAUGUUUAUUUUUGGGUCUCUUUGGGGAAAUUUCCGCUCAACAAGGUAUAUUUCCAUUGUUUCUGGGUUACAAUAAGCAAUUUAAAUGAAUAUUGAAGGACUUGAAUUUUGCAUUUGACUUCAUGCCAUGAAACGGCCCCAUGUAUGCCCAGCUAUUUAUGACCAUGAAUUAAAGAACGUCGGCAUGUAAAAUCGCUCUGGUCCACAGAUAUUUAUUCAGUUAGUGCUGGUGAAUGUGUGAUGCAGUCUCUUGUAAAAACGCCAUUGCAGCUUUAUGGAGUGUGUUUGUUUGUGUGUGCGUGUCUGCAGUCACUGACUUUCCUCGAAGUGCAUCAUAACUCAGUUGACCGGCAUUGAUACCCUUCACCUGUUCUUUUAUUUAUUUUUCACUUUUUGUAACCUUUUUUAUGAAGCAAAAUAAACAGCAUCUUUCUGCCAAACAGUCCGAAAGAUGAGCUUUGUGAUGCAGUCCACCAUCCGCCCAGAGAACUGCAUUGUUCUAAUGAACUACUUGAGGAUUUUAGUGUUUUGUUUUGUGUUACGCAUGAUGACUCCUUUUAGUGGUUUUGUUACUUUUUAAGAAUCUGAAUUGUCAUGUAUUGAAAAGUACACUUGUUGUAACAGACCAAUUGGAUCAACUGUUUUCCAUGGAUCAUGGUUAGUAGUUUUCUGUUUUGUUAUGGCAUAGUAGCUCAAAAUGGAUGUGUAGAGUUCAGCAUUUGACCAAUAAAUGCCAAGUAUUACUUUUGUACCAUUUUCUUUUUCUUUCCUUUUUUUUUUUUUUCUAACUCCAAUAUAUAUUUUUGCACUGUUUUACUGUUAUUCCACACAUCCAUACCUCAGUUUUGUUGGUAUUUUGAAAGCAUUGCUCAGUUAAUUACCUCAGGACUCAUUCACAUUGUUUUAGGAUAUUUAUGGUGAAAGUAGACAAAUACGAGAGCUCUGUUAAAUUUCGGUUUACAUUCGGUAACAUUUUUUUGUAUAAAUAAUCCUCUCUAAAUUGGGAGAUAAGUGGUGGGGUGAUUCGUAAAAAUUUGUAUUUAAUGAAUCUUGUUAUUUUACAGUAAAAGCACAUUAUGAUCCAGGUAAUUAUGAACCACAUAUACAGAACAUUAAUACUAAAUCUUUUCCUUUUGAUGUUGCACAAAAUUUGGUCCUUUCUCGAAAUUCAUUAUUAUUGGGAAGUUGUGUUUGAUUUUCUAUUUCUUAAUCUUUUAGAAAUGCCUGUUGUUGUAACCAGCGUUUAAUUUCUUCUACUUUUCCAACAACAACAAAAAAAGGAUUUUACCUAUCACUGAAAUGUCUUUUAAUGUGACUGGAAGUAGUUGUACAUUUAGAAUUAUGGCAAUACAUUAAAAAGGUGGAAUAUUGCAUCAA